AGCUGCCGGCUCACCAAACGAACCUCGUCGACGACAACAUCGCCCCCCUCUUUCAUAGCAGCCCACCAUGAAGUUCUCCUGCACCGCUGCCCUCGCCCUCAGCGGCGGCGCGCUCGCCCUGCAAGCCGGAUGCUUCUCCCAGCACAGCCAGCAGCUCGCUGAGUACUCUGACUGCGGCCAGCACGUCUCGCUCGAGUACUGCCUGUCGACGCUGACCUACGACGACACCGCCAGCGACCUCGAGGCCUGCUACACCAACGCCGGCUGCUCCCUGGCCGAGGCCGCCGCCGAGGCAAAGUACGCGCAGAAGCGGUGCGACGAGCUCGCCGACAUGGGCGAUCUCAAGAAGCGCUACCGCGGCGUCCUCGGCAGCCCCGUCAAGACGCUCGCCGCCCGCAACGCCCACAACGCCGCGCCCCUGCCCACCCACUGGGUCCGCGACAGCAGCAACCUCCAGUGCAAGGUCACCUCCACCGUCAAGACGUCGUCGUGCGACAUCUCCACCAACAGGGGCGUCCUCAAGACGAUAUCCUGCAUCCCCACCGAGGUGGCCAAGGCCGACUGCGCCCCGGGCCUCAUGUGCUCCAUGGACUCCCUCGGCGAGACCGUCUGCAUGAAGAAGAAGAACAGCCUCGACAUUGGCGGCAUCAUCAUCGCCAUCAUCUUUGGCGUCUCCAUCGUCGUCGCCAUCACCUUCCUGACCUUUGCCUGCUGCCGCGAGAGCCGCCACCAGAAGCAGCUCGAGGCCCGCGCCGAGGCCACCGCCCUCGCCCGCGCCCAGACGAAGAAGGCCCGCGCCGCCGAGACCCGCGCUCCCCUCAUGCGCCAGGAGGGUCCCGACCCCUUUGCCGACCGAAACCAGUCUUAGAGAGCGAGGUUCGGUCGUGGCCGUGGCCGUGACCCGGCACCGAGCAGGCUUGAGGUGGUUAGGGAACACGAGACCGGCCACGAGGGCGGUGACGGUGACGGUGACGCAGGACACUAAAAGGGGGGGGAGAAAGAGGAGAUAUCAGUAUACACACUUUCUUUCUCUCUCUUUUUGAUGUCUUGCUUUGUGCUUUUUUUCAGGGCUUUCGGCGCAUCAUGAAUGCUCUUCGAGCCGUUGGGUAACAGGGACAGAACAAACAUGAAAGAACCGGUGUUGGCAUUAUCUCAUUUCCAUAUAGCACACACAUAAAAACAAGAAGUUGAGCGUGCAAGCAACUUUUUGCCGCUGCUUCUUCUUCAUUUUCUCCGCCGGGGCAAGAUAAGCAGACACGCAGCGUUUUUUGAACAAAAGGGAGAUUUCCAGCUUAGAGACUGAGGCGAGCCUCA